AUGGCAUCGAGAGCCAUUCUUCACCGUGUCGUUCUCCUCGGCGGACACCUCCUUCGCCUCGUUCUCCACGAUUCGUGCAAUAUGGGCACAAUCAUAAUCAGGAGCAGCGACAGUCUCUGCUGGCACUGCUUAAUAUUGGACCUAUGCUUCGGGAAGAUGAGCCGGAGGCUGAAGAUGGGCCCUCAUUUUUCUUGCCAACACUUCCCACACCGAAGCGUGAGUCGCGCAAAGUGUCAAUGCCUGACCUCAAACCGGCCCUUCCUCAAAUUCAUA